UGAAGUUUAAGCCUUUAAGGACUGACUCAGAUAUUUAGCAAUAGUAUAGGGACCAUUAAUGAAACAUCGUCUAUUUGCGCAACACAUUUCAUCAUCGUUGCCUGGUUGGAAACUUGUCAAGGAUGUAGCAAACUGUCCUCAGCACACAAAUGGCUGACGAAGAAGAAGAUGUAGAAAGCACCGUAUUUGGGCCUCCUGCUGCUUUAAUUGAAUGGGAACGACUCCAAUUGCAUCCGAUUUCCGAUCAAUUUCAAUUUCAUUCUCAGUCUCAAUCCCCGUCUUUAUCAGAUCCACUUGGAGGUAGAGAAGUAUGGUCAACGAUACAUGAAGACAACCAACCACCCGUCGUAUUCCCUCCAGUGAACCACGAAGGCAUUCACCUUCACGUUCACCAUCACCAAGAUGUACGAGAAAUCGACAUCGAACGACCCAGACCACCGUCCCCUAUCUCGAGACCAGCGGCGAUGGGGGAAUCCGUCGGAGUAAGGCGGUGGGAUGGUGGACUGCAGGUUUUACGUUUCAAGUUUGCCAGCGUCAUCUCGUUCCUUCGAAGUUUUUCUACGAGCAGAGGAGGGUUACUUCGGUCACACUUCCCGCUGGCGGGUUCAAUGGUGUUGCUGUUGCUACUUUAUUUGAGGUCCCGGCGCCGGCGAAGGUUGAGGCAAAACAGUAUCAUUCAAUUGAUCAGUGUUAUUAAGGAGAAAGAUGAGAAAAUAAAUCAAUUACUGCAUCAGAUCGCCCGAAUGAAUGAACUAUUGCUUGCCACCCAUCAUGGAGUCCCCUUGAUAUCCAAAGCAGUUUCUUCCUGAUUCAAUUGGGCAGCAGAUCAAUGGUUUAUCUGGGCAUCAAAGCUGGAGAUCUUCAGAGACUCAUAGUUGAUGCUGAUUUCUCCUGUACACGAUUCAACGUUUGCUAGCUUAUCAGUUAUCACACAAAUGGUAUUGUAGUGUAGUAUUAGUUUGAAACUCGUUCUUGAAUUAAUGAAUUUCCUUCCUCUCC